AUGACCAAAUACACCGCGGAGUAUAUGCUCGCUCAAGUCAAAGACAAAGCGUGGCUCAACUUCAUUGAUCCUGACUUGGAGACUCUCAAGCUCUAUCCCAUUCCGGAGCUCAAGACGAAUCUAUCCAACUGCAGUGAGUGGGAGCGUGCGGUACGCUUCCAUCUUCAGUACUAUGGCCUGCAUGACUUGGUUGAAUGCAUGAAGAUUGAGUAUCCGGACGGUCCCCAGUGCGAGGACUUCAAGACGCCAGCCCAUUGGCGCCAUUGGCAGCAUCACUGUCUCCACGCGUACUCGAUUAUUCAGUCACAGGCCGUGAAGAUCAGAAGCAUGUCAGAUUUCGCUCAAGAUGUUCAGAUCAGGGCACUGAGCUCGCACAAGUUUGGUUCAGCGGUCAGCGGUCACCUGCGGAGGAAAAUGUCUCUGACAGCAACGACGAACAUGGGUGAAAAGCUCGACUCAGUUGACUAG